AAUCAAGUUUCCGAAGCAUUUUGCGAAGAGACUCCUUGCAGGACGUACAUCCUUGCGCCGCGCGCUGUCGCUCCUCGUUACUUUAUUUUUAUUUUAGACUCGUUUUUGAACUGUGAAUGAUUCUCUUUUUUUAAGCGACGAUGUUAACAAAGGAUAAAUUAAUUGUAUUAUGGUUGGCUUUUACGGCAACAGUUUGCGGCAGUGAUUUUAAAAAUGAAUUUUCCGAAGGAAAUGGUGCGGUUUAUACUGAAGAUGCGGUCAUUGUCGACGCGCCAACGCCUCGUGUGCGUCGAGCGGUUGUUAACAAUACGAGAAGUGUGAGACAACUAUUCCUGAUGGGCCCUCGGAUGGCGCAAACAACGGACGAUGGAGCUUUCGGGACGGAUUGUGAAACGACAUUGGGAAAAAAGGGAACAUGUAAGAGUUUUCGCGAUUGUUACCCACUUUUCAAGGUUGUGGAUUUGUCCGGGUGGGACGGGUGGGUGAUGGGACACUAUGACACCUGCAGUUUUAUCGACUCUAACAAUAUGGAAGUAUUCGGCGUGUGCUGCACGGCGCCGGUGGGCACGCCGCCACAGCAGGAGCCCGACGUGCAGAGGUUGGGUGCACUACCGCCCGUGUUGCCCGCACAGGCGCCCCCUACGCAACUUGUCGGGUUUCCAGGACGAAUAGCGACUUCAAUGUCACAACAAUGGACAUUCGGAGAAGCGAAUCGUGAGCGGCAAAUUCCCAUUAAUUGGCCUCCCACUAUCCCGCCGCUGCCUACGCACCCGCCAGACCACACCGCGCCUACGCACCCACCCUCCAUAGUUGCAGGCAACGUGGAGCCAACUAAACCCACAACAAGCAGGCCUCCGAGCACUGCUUCCACAACUUGGGGGACGAAGCCUCCAAGUACUACAAAACAGACAUGGCCACCUGCGUAUCCAACUCAGCCGACUAAGCCUGCAGGCCAGCCAGCCGUAGACAGCUCCUGUGGCAUCAAGAAUGGACCACAGACUUACGGAACCGCAUACGAGUUACAAGAUGAAGAAAGAAUUGUGGGAGGCCACAAUGCGGACCUGAAUGAGUGGCCCUGGAUCGCGGCGCUGUUCAACGGCGGCCGCCAGUUCUGUGGCGGAUCUCUUAUCGAUGAUAUACAUAUUCUUUCAGCGGCUCAUUGUGUUGCACACAUGACGUCAUGGGAUGUGGCUAGACUGACUGCUCGUCUCGGGGACCACAAUAUUCGUACUAAUACCGAGACGCAGCACGAGGAGAGGAAGAUUAAGAGAGUGGUCAGACAUCGUGGCUUCAAUAUGCAAACACUGUACAACGACGUUGCGAUACUGACGCUAGACAAACCUGUGAAGUUCUCGAAGGCGAUCCGGCCAAUAUGUCUGCCGAGCGGCAACAGGGCGUACGCAGGUCAGGUUGCCACCGUCAUUGGUUGGGGCAGCUUACGCGAAAGUGGACCGCAGCCAUCGGUGCUACAAGAAGUGUCAAUUCCGAUAUGGCAGAACGCGGAGUGUCGCCUCAAGUACGGCUCCGCGGCGCCCGGCGGCAUCGUCGAACACAUGAUCUGCGCUGGCAAAGCCAGCAUGGACUCUUGUAGCGGUGACAGCGGUGGUCCGCUGAUGGUGAACGAAGGUGGUCGCUGGACGCAAGUGGGGGUGGUGUCGUGGGGUAUCGGCUGCGGGAAGGGGCAGUACCCCGGAGUGUACACUCGCGUCACAGCCUUCUUACCGUGGAUACAGAAGAAUUCGAAAAAUUAAAACAAGCGUACGCAUAAAAAGCAUCAUUUUAUUACCUAUAUUCCAUUAUAUAUGUAUAUUUUCCAAUCAAUUACUUUGAGAAAGGCAAUACUGGAAUCUUGUCUUUCUCAAUAAAUUGGUCCCGGUCCGUACGUAGGCAUGCCAAUCAAAAUUCCUGAACAUGUGCCAAAUAGUACGUAAGUUUUAUAAAUAAAUAAUUAACACAAA